AUGACAGAAACUUCUAGUAUAAAGGAUGAAUUAAAUAGACAAUCUUGGAAUGAGUUAUCUGCAUCUUCAUCCAGUAGAACUGAGACACCGGUCGCAUUUACCGGAUACGAUGACUCUGAUAACGAUGGUGAAAAGAAGGCAAGAAGAGGGUCAGUAUCUUCACUUAGUAAAUCUUUAGAUAUAGUAAGACGUAGUUUUACUGGCCAGUCGAUGACAACCGUAGGAUCGGCGAAUUAUUCGACCAGGGAGAUUUUUGGGGAAAUGGAUAGUGAUGAGAUUGACUUGCAAAGAUAUCAGACUAAAAAGUCGAUUUUAGAUGAGUUGGUCCAUAGAACACAGGAAUUAGAAGAAAAUUAUAACCGUUCGGCCUACUAUGAGAAAAGAGAUGAUUUAGAGAGCCAGUAUGAGGAAUUACCCGAGAUGGUAGUGCCGGUUGAAAACAAGGGAGAUGAGUUUCAAGACAUAGACCCCGAGUUGAUUACUUGGGACGGACAUGACGACCCUGAAGAUCCAAGGAACUGGAAUAUUGGGGUCAAGAUGUAUCUUGUUGCGUUUGUAUCUAUUUACUGUUUAGUGUCACCAAUGUCAUCUUCAAUGCCAUCGCCUGCGAUUGAUACCAUUUCCAAUGACUUCGGAAUCACCUCUUCAGUCGUUGCAUCUAUGAUUAUAUCGAUCCAAAUUUUAGCAUGGGCAGUAGGACCAUUACUCAUUGCCCCAUUAAGUGAAAACGACAAUUUUGGAAGGAAAAUUGUCCUUGACGUCUCUAUCUGGAUGUCUUUCUUCUUCAACUUAGGUUGUGCAUUUUCACAAACAACCACUCAAAUGAUGGUGUGUAGGUUUGUUGGGGGAUUAUUUGGCUCAUCUCCCAUUAAUAUUGGGGCUGGAGUCAUAUCUGAUUUAUUCGAUGCCAAAUCUAGAAACUUUGCUCUUGCAGGGUUUUCUUUAGCACCAUUAUUAGGACCUGUUAUUGCACCAGUCAUUGCAGGGUUUAUCAGCGACCACAUGCAAUGGAGGUGGAUCUUUUAUGUUUUGAGUAUCUUUAAUGGGGUAGUUGCCAUCCUGGGAACUAUAUUUUACCGAGAGACAUAUGCUCCAGCAUUAUUGAAGCGGAAGGCUAAGAAGUUGCGAAAGCAAACAGGUAAUGAGAAUUUGCAUACUAUCUACGAAAUUACAAAUGGAGAAACGUUUUGGGGCAAAAUGUAUAUCACAAUGUCUAGACCGUUAAAGUUACUUAUUUCCCAUCCAAUGAUUAUGGGUUUAGGAUCGUUUAUGGCGUUCACCUAUGGCUUUUUGUAUCUCAUGAUUGUUACAUAUCCAACCAUUUAUGGAGACAGUUAUGGAUUCAGUAAGAGCGUUACAGGAUUAAUGUAUAUUCCAAUGGGUAUUGGAUUUGUAUUGGGAGUUAUCUUUUGGACUUUCAUGAUAGACAAGGUUUAUCGAAAUCUUACUAAAAAAAAUGGCGGUGUUCCAAAACCCGAGUACAAAUUACCAUGUCUUUGCACUUCGGGUAUUGGUAUUGCAAUUGGUUUAUUUUGGUACGGCUGGUCGGUCCAAAAACAAUUGCAUUGGAUCAUGCCUUCGAUAGGCUCUGCUAUAUUUGCUUUUUCAUUUAUAGCAGUUUUCCAAACAAUUCAGAACUAUCUUAUUGACAUGAAUAGCUUUACUGCUGCGUCUUCUGUUGCUGCUGCUGCUGUAUUUAGGUCGAUUCUUGGUUUCAUUAUGCCCUUAAUUGCUCAGCCAAUGUACAAGAAGUUAACAUACGGAUGGGGCAAUACCAUGUUUGGUUUCAUCGCUCUAUUACUAGGAAUACCCUUCCCUAUUUUCUGUUAUAUGUAUGGCGAAAAGCUUAGAAACUGGGCAAACAAAAGAUUUGAAUUGCAGCAACUUAAGAGAGACGAAAAAAACUUAAAGAAAUUAAGGAAGCAAAUUUAA